GAUGCCAAGGCCAAGGCUGAGACCGAGGCCGUGUUGCAGGUGCUCUUCUAAGUCUCGCCAUGUCGACAAGAACCGGGCCCAGUAUCGACCCAAAGUGACUAUGAAGGUCAAUGCGAAGCUUGAGUUUCUCUGGUGAGAUAUUCCGGCAUCAUCUACAAAGACGUCGAUAUCUAGGGCGAUCGAUAGGUGUGUACACGGGAAGAAACGGCAAUUACAAUAUCGCUACUAGACUCACAACUGACAGAGGCUUAGAUUAUCGCCACAAUUCACCAACAUGGAUCAUUGUUUCUGUUGUUGCCUUGGUCGAUAAAUGUGUGUGUUGUGGAAGGCGUCUUGUGGGAGGCGUUUGGUUGCGGAUACUUCUUUUCCAUGAUGGGGUUUUUGACUGGCACGACUUCAGUCAACGUUUCGCGCGCAUGCAUUAUUCGUGUUUUCCUCCGCAUUGGUUCUUAUUGGGACAUAUUUGCGGGACUGUUCAGCUUCCCGAGUAGUCUUGAUAUAGUCUGUAUUAAUAGCUAGGUGCUCUCAUAAAUGAAGUUCCUCUUGGCGGUCAUAACCAUACCCAUUUUGACAUAAGGCUGGGCGGCGAUGACGUUGGUGAUUGAACUAUCAAA